AUGGCGUUCUUAUAUCGGAAGAAGACCGAUUGUAUGAGGGUGAACGCCAACUCGGAGGAGAAGUUGGUUCAUCCGAACCAUAUGGUGUACCAGAAGAUGGAGGCACUUGUCAAUCAUAUGCUGGAUGCAGAAACGGGAGUGCCUAUAAAAACUGUCAAAAGUUUUCUCUCAAAGGUGCCAUCCGUGUUCACGGGUCAGGAUCUCAUAGCAUGGAUUAUGAAGAGUUUGGAUAUGUCAGAUUUAUCUGAUGCGCUCCACCUAGCACAUCUCAUUGCAUCCCAUGGUUACCUUUUCCAAAUAGAUGAUCACGUGCUCACAGUCAAGAACGACGGCACCUUUUAUCGGUUUCAGACUCCAUACUUCUGGCCUUCCAACUGCUGGGAACCUGAGAAUACCGAUUACGCUGUCUAUCUGUGCAAAAGAACGAUGCAGAAUAAGGCGCAUUUGGAACUGGAAGACUUUGAAGCGGAGAACUUAGCGAAAUUACAGAAAAUGUUUAGCCGAAAGUGGGAGUUUGUUUUCAUGCAAGCUGAAGCUCAAUAUAAAGUAGACAAAAAACGGGAUCGAUUAGAGCGGCAAAUUUUGGAUAGUCAGGAGCGAGCGUUUUGGGAUGUGCAUCGACCAGUACCUGGAUGCGUAAACACCACAGAAGUAGAUUUUCGGAAACUCUCCCGUUCUGGGCGGCCUAAGUAUAGUAGUGGAGGACAUGCUGCGUUAAAUGCUGCCGCCUCACAAAGUUGUAGUCCAUAUUCAACUAGUGCUGCAGCAGCGCAUGCCAGUAUGCCAUCCACUUCAAAUGGAGCUCCAGCAUCAUCACAACAGAGUGCGCAAAGCAGUGGCUCAUCAUCUGGUAGUGGUGGAUCAUUUCGUAGUAAUUAUUAUGCUAGGCCCGGACUAAGGAGGUGUACUCAGGUUCAAGACACAUUGAAAUUAGAGAUCAAUCAGUUGAAUAGUCGGCUGUCAAAAAAUGUAUUACGAACCUCCAAAGUUGUUGAAAACUAUCUGGCCUAUCACGAGCACCGUAAGACCUUCGAUCCAUUCCUUACACCUUUGGGCUCUGUAUCCGAUCCCUUCCAAAGUCAACCAAAUCCGUGGAUAAGUGAUACUGUAGAUUUCUGGCAGCAUGAUAAAAUUACUGGUGAUAUCUCUACUCGUCGCUUGAAACUUUGGGAAGAGUGCUUCGAAGAGUUGCUUGCAGACGUUCUGGGUAGAGAAACAUUGCAAAAGUUCUUAGAUAAAGAGUAUUCUGGUGAAAAUCUCCGCUUUUGGUGGGAGGUCCAAAAGUUGCGAAAAUGCAGCUGUAGGAUGGUUCCCGUCUUAGUCACAGAAAUCUAUAACGAGUUCAUCGAUUCAAAUGCAACUUCUCCCGUGAAUGUGGAUUGCAAGGUAAUGGAAAUAACGGAGGAGAAUCUCAAAAAUCCAAAUCGCUGGAGUUUUGAUGAAGCAGCGGAUCACAUAUUUUGUUUGAUGAAAAAUGAUAGUUAUCAGCGUUUCCUGCGAUCUGAUAUCUAUAAAGAUCUCCUUAUACAGUCGAAGAAGAAGGUCAGUUUCAUUAUAAUGCACAUCCUUCGCAUGCCCUGUGCACGGUUUGCAUGCAAGAUUUUUGGGGAGAUUGGUUGUUUCUCGUCGAAUGCCGUUCGUCGAGACGCAAACCUCACUGUCGGUAGCGCUCAAUCUGUAAUGGCAACUAGUGGUUCAUCCAGCUGUUCGCCGACAACAGCAACUACCGUAGGCAUUUGA